AUGGCCGCGGAGCGCUCUUCCGGAAGCGGUCACGGGGAUCACGGUGACGCAGGACGAGUUAGAGCGUCCCGUGGGGUUUCCAUGGUGCUGCCCUCGGCCCUCGGUUUCUCCGCUUCCUCUCCCGCCUGAGCGCCGGGAACAGGAAGGCAGGUGGCCGGUGCCAUCCGCGACGUAGACGCUGCUUGGGGGAGGGGUUGACGAACGGGUGACGCUCUAGGCGAUCUCGUUAUCUCUAUGGUGCCGAGCGCUCCCGUUCGCUGCUCCCGCACGUCGGGGCGGACAUUGCCCCUUUAAUCGGUGGAGGGCGGUGCCGAGGAGGUCUCGCGAGAGCUGCAGGGGGCGGGGGGUGGUGCCGAAGCGGGGGGCCCGUGGCCGAUGGAGCCCGCGAUGGAGCCGGAGACUCUGGAGGCGCUAAUCAACAGAGCCACGAACCCCCUGAACAAGGAGCUGAACUGGGCCAGCAUCAACGGCUUCUGCGAGCAGCUCAUCGAGGACUUUGAGGGGCCUCCACUUGCCACCCGGCUGCUGGCCCACAAGAUCCAGUCCCCGCAGGAGUGGGAGGCGAUCCAAGCCCUGACGGUGCUGGAAACAUGCAUGAAGAGCUGCGGCAAGAGGUUCCAUGAUGAGGUGGGCAAGUUCCGCUUUCUCAACGAGCUCAUCAAGGUUGUGUCUCCCAAGUACCUGGGCUCUCGGACGUCGGAGAAGGUGAAGAACAAGAUCUUGGAGCUUCUCUACAGCUGGACGGUUGGCUUGCCCAAGGAGGUGAAGAUUGCAGAGGCCUACCAGAUGCUGAAGAAGCAGGGGAUUGUGAAAUCCGACCCCAGGCUUCCAGAUGACGCCACCUUUCCCCUUCCUCCUCCACGGCCCAAGAAUAUGAUCUUUGAAGAUGAGGAGAAAUCCAAGAUGCUGGCCCGCCUGCUGAAGAGCUCCCACCCUGAGGACCUCAGAGCAGCCAACAAGCUCAUCAAAGAGAUGGUGCAGGAGGACCAGAAGCGGAUGGAAAAGAUCUCAAAGCGCAUGAAUGCUAUUGAGGAGGUGAACAACAAUGUGAAACUGCUGACGGAGAUGGUGACGAGCCACAGCCAGGGCGGUGCAGCUUCGGGCAGUAGCGAGGACCUCAUGAAGGAACUCUACCAGCGCUGUGAGCGGAUGCGGCCCACGCUCUUUCGACUGGCCAGCGACACAGAGGACAAUGAUGAGGCCUUAGCGGAGAUUCUGCAAGCCAACGACAACCUCACCCAAGUGAUCAGCCUCUACAAGCAGCUGGUGCGGGGCGAGGAGGUCAACGGCGAUGCUGCAGCCGGCUCUGUCCCUGGGAGCACCUCAGCCCUGUUGGACCUCUCAGGCCUGGAUCUCCCUGUGGGCACCACUUACCCAGCCACACCUAUCCACCCUGGGGACCAGGCCAGCUCCAAGCAGCCCAGCACCUCGGUUUCCCUGCUUGACGACGAGCUCAUGUCUCUGGGCCUCGGCGACCCCACACCCCCUUCAGGCCCGAGCUUGGAUGGUGCUGGAUGGAACAGCUUCCAGUCAUCUGAUGGCGCUGAGCCCCCAGUCCCCACCCCAGCCCAGGCCCCCAGCAUGGACACGCAGCCCCCAGUGCAGACGUCCCUGCCGGCAAGCAGUGGCCUGGAUGACCUGGACCUCCUGGGAAAGACCCUCCUGCAGCAGUCGCUGCCCCCAGAGUCCCAGCAAGUGCGGUGGGAGAAGCAGCAGCCAGCGCCCCGGCUCACACUCCGGGACCUGCAGAAUAAGAGCAGCAGCUGCAGCCCACACAGCUCUAGUGCCACCAGCCUCCUCCAUGCCGUGUCCCCAGAGCCCCCUCGGCCUCCACAGCAGCCCAUGCCAACUGAGCUCUCACUAGCCAACAUCACUGUUCCCUUGGAGUCCAUCAAACCCAGCAGCAUCUCGCCCGUGACCGUGUAUGACCAGCGCGGCUUCCGCGUCCUCUUCCACUUCGCCCGCCACCCACUGCCGGGGCGCUCGGAUGUGCUAGUGGUGGUGGCUUCCAUGCUGAGCACCGCCCCCCUGCCUAUCCGCAACAUUGUCUUCCAGUCUGCUGUCCCCAAGGUCAUGAAAGUGAAGCUACAGCCCCCCUCAGGCACAGAGCUGCCAGCAUUUAACCCCAUCGUCCACCCCUCAGCCAUCACCCAGGUCCUGCUCCUUGCCAAUCCCCAGAAGGAGAAAGUUCGCCUCCGCUACAAGCUCAUCUUCACCAUGGGCGACCAGACCUACAACGAGAUGGGGGAUGUGGACCAGUUCCCCCCACCUGAAACCUGGGGGAGCCUCUAGAAGAGAGAGGGGCCAGGGAGAGGAGAGAGCAAAGGGACUGGUCACUGUCCAGCCUGGGCAGGAGGCUUUGGUAGCUCAGGACACCCUUUGUUCCCCAUGGCCAUACACUCCCAGGCCUGGUGCUUCUCCCCUCACCCCCGUGGCCCCCAAGUGACUCUUCCCCCUCCUGCUUUGCCCCCUCCACUGCUGAGCCAAACCCAGCAGGAGGCUGGGCCUGGGUUUGCACCACAGGGAGUCUCCAUCAAUGGUGGAAGCCUGGAGCAGGGAGGGGCUGUGUGGCCCUGAAAGGAUUUGGGGUCAUGGGGAAGAAGCAGGGCUGUUGUGGAAGGGCCACGACCUCAGGCCCAGCCUCAACCCCAGCCUGGUGGUGUCUUCCCCGCCUGUCUCUUAUGCCUUAUGGGAAGGCCCAGCCAUAACUUGGGAGCCAUGCUGGAGCUGGGAACCAGCUCAGGCCUCCAUAGGAACCCAGUGACUGGGGGUGACACCUGCACCUCUAGCUGUUUGCACUCUGGUGUGUGGUUUGACUCUUUGCUUUUCUUUCAGAGUGGCCCUGUGGUCACAGUCUCAGGAGGCCAAGUUGGGGAGCCCCACCUGGCUCCCACUCCUGGGGGUCUCCCUUUACUGUCAGGCCUCCUGAGGGGCUGUGGGGGCCCGAGGGUGAUGCCAGAGGUGGGUGGCCCUAGCAGGGGGCUGCAAGGCUCCUGGAGUCCUCAGUGUGUCUCCUUCAUUCAUUGGCCUCUGCUGGGGCUCUGUGGGCAUCUCACAUCUGUCCAUCCAUCUGUCCAUGGUCAGAAGUGGGGUCAGCGUGUGAAUGAGCGCAGGAGUAUUUAUGAAAAUAAAAUGUCCUUUUUCCUGGA